AGCCUCAUGACACAAGAAAUAAAUUCUCUCUCUCUCUCUCUCUCUCUCUCUCUAUAUCUAUCUUUCUUUAUCCAUGUGUGUGAAAAGUCUUACUCCUUAAGUCCUACUAUAUUAAGACCUUGUAACUGUAAAAUCAGCAGUAUAUUCUUCCAUGAAUAGGGGAUAUCAUUUAUUAUUACCAUAUCAAUUAACAUUUUACCUUCCUUUCUUUUGCUAUUAAUUAAACCCAAACUCCCUCUCUUUACAAAGAGGAAAUUCUCUCUUCAUCAUUCAUCACAAUAUGGAGCCUCCAAGAUCAGAGACAUGCCAUUCAGAAACUUCAAGCAUAAUCUCAGUUUCAAAUGCUCUUAAACCUUCAAUGGAGAGUCCAAAAGAGGCACAGCAACUAAAACAAGAACAAGAACAAGAACAAGAAAAACAAGAAGAAAGAGUACAAAAGCAGCAAGAAGACGGCAAACAUGAUCAUCUUGUAUUGGAUCUUAGCCUCUCUAGCAAAGAUUCAAAGGCGGAACUCAAUCUCAUCGAUACUUUUGACCUGGGUCCAUCUCAGAAAUCCUUGUCAGAUACUCCUCAUCAAGGUAAUGAAACCGAGCCUCGGGUAUUCUCAUGCAACUACUGUCAAAGAAAAUUCUACAGUUCACAAGCACUUGGAGGUCACCAGAAUGCACACAAGAGAGAAAGAACACUAGCUAAACGUGGGCAAAGAAUCAGCGCAGCCUCAUUUGCUCUUGGUCAUCAUCAUCAUUCACACCUAAAUCGAUACUCGAGCAUGGCUUCCCUUCCAUUGCAUGGCUCCCUAAAUAGAUCACUUGGGAUCCAAGUGCACUCCAUGAUUCACAAGCCAACUUUUAUACAAUCUUCUAUUCUCGGGUCCUCAAAUUUAUAUGGCCAAAAUGGAUGGUCUAGGCAACCUUUUGAUCAGCAACCGGCGGUUGGGAGAUUGGCGUCAGAGAGUUUUCAUAUGGGAUCACCUUCUGGUAAUGGUGUUGCACGAUUCGAAAGUGCAAGAAAGUUCUCUCCGGUAAGGGAAGGGAUUGGUGGAUAUUGGUGGGAUGGUGGUGUUAACCAUUUGAAGACUAAAAAAGAUGAUUUACAAAAGCUUGACUUGUCACUUAAGCUCUAAGUAGUUCUCUUUUUCUUUCUUUUCUUUUUGCUGUUCAAUUCCUAUAUCUUCUUUCUUUUCUUUUUCUUUCUUUUUCUUUUCCUUCUUCUUCUUCUUUCUUCAACCUUUAUUUUAAUCUAAAUUACUUUAGAAUUUUUGAAGUUGGAUUCUCUUGUAAA